AUGCCAAAAGAGCAGCCAGGAGACGAGCCCGACGAUGUCCUCUUCAACUCGCUGUACGGAGUGCGCACAGUCGAGCUCAACCGGCCGAAGAAGCUGAACUCCCUGAAUGGAUCUAUGGCGAGGAAGAUCCUGCCGCGGUUGCGAGAGUGGGAGAAGUCACAAUUGGCAAAUGUGGUUAUCAUCAGUGGCGCGGGAAAUAAAGCCUUCUGUGCCGGUGGUGAUGUUGCGGAACUGGCGAAGCAGAACUCCACACCCGAAGGACAGGAAAAGUCGUGCAACUACUUCGCUCUCGAAUAUCAACUCGACCAUCUGAUUGCGACCUACAGCAAGCCCUACGUUGCGAUAAUGGAUGGCAUCACCAUGGGUGGAGGCGUAGGCUUGUCCGUUCAUGCGCCGUUCAGGAUCGCCACCGAGCGCACAGUCUACGCAAUGCCCGAGACGACUAUUGGAUUCUUCCCCGACGUCGGUGGCAGUUUUGCGUUGCCACGGCUGGACGGCGAGAUUGGCACGUACCUUGCCCUGACCUCCGAACGUCUCCAUGGCGUACAGGCGUUCUAUGCAGGUAUUGCCACACACUACGUGGACAGCUCAGUAUUGGCGCCUCUAUCAACUCGUCUAUCCGAACUUGUGUUCCAGGAUACUGCCAGUCUUCAAAGCCGCCUGGAGCUUGUAAAUAAAACCAUUGCCGAGUUCACCAACAACCUUCCCUCACCCGACUCCUAUCCGAAAGGGAAAUAUGGCAACCUUAGAGGCGAGCUUCGGACCGCUAUCGAUGAGUGCUUCAAGUACAAUGAGAUCGAGGAAAUUAUUUCGGCCCUCGAGAAAAAGGCUGAGGCCGGACCUCUCCAGCAAUGGGCGAAGGACACCCUCAAGACCAUCUCCAUCAGAUCCCCAACGAGUUUGAAAGUCACCUUGAAGCAAUUGCGGAUGGGAAAGGCAUGGAGCAUUGACGAAACCUUCAUCCGAGAACACCAGAUGGCGUCCCACUUUAUGGGGCACCCCGACUUCACCGAGGGUGUCUCAGCUAGACUCAUCAACAAGCCGGCCACCGAGCCUCAGUGGCAACCAUCGACCCUGGCGGAGGUAUCUGAGGAGUACGUGAACAAGUUUUUCACUCAACCUGACAACGUUCCACGACUGGCUCUCGUCGAGCCUCUGGAAGGCGCGGAGGCACAACAAGGGUAUACCGAAUAUCCUCAUGCCAAAUUUUCUCUUCCAAGAGAAAUCGACAUCGAGAAUACGGUGCGCAGCAUCGGCGAGGAUGGGUAUCAGGCAGUGCUCGAUGAGCUAGUGAAAAGAUGGGACAACAAGCUAGGAGUCAAAGCGAAAGUACAGGAAGUGCUCGACCGUUGCACAAGCAAGACAACGAAAGGCGUAGCUUGGAACGACGAGCUCAAGGCCAAUCUGUAG